AUGGUCGUUGACGCAGCUGUUACCUGGGGAAUGCGAUCUGCAGAAUGGACUGUGGGUGGUGGAUUUGGAGCGACUAUGUCUACGACCAUCAAUCCGACCUGCUCAACUGUGGCAGAGACAUCUACGCCGUCGGAUAUUGAGCCGGCGUCGACGACGUGGGCGGACAUAACUUUCUCGUACCCUGUCCUUAGCUCGGACACCUGUGUCAGUCCCGCAUGUACGCCUAAAUACUCGACAUUUGCGACUGGCGUGGACUCGUCUCCGUGUACUUCGGACAUCAGCUCCUCUUCUUACACGCCCUCGAAUGCAAUCUCAGCCCCUUCCUAUCUUCUUCCCUCAUUCGCCUCCGGCUCUGAUUCCUACAGCGCGACGUCUCUUGUGUCCCCCUUGACUGGGACCCAGUCCACGUAUACCCAAGUUUCGCUAACCCCAACAGCCACGUGUACUUCCGGUGUCUCUGGGAGUGGCUGUCCAGAAGGUCCAGAUUGUUCCCAUAAUACGACAAUCACCAUCUCGAUCACAAGCACAUCGUACGUGACGACAACUGUUCACUCGAGCUUCCCUUCAAAUAGCCCUGGAGGCCCUGCCACGCAUUCUGUGUCUACGUCCGAGUCAUGCCAGAGCACGACUACCGAUGGGGGGAACGCGACAGGUACCAUAGUCAUUUCGACGUCUGUUACAAGUGGGCAGCAGUCUGAUAGCGGCUUGGGAUAUCCGACACCGAACCCACCCCUGAUCACCUUGACAUCGGCUGGAUCAGCCACCCUCAGCAGCAGCAGCGCGUACGGAAACAGCGGCUAUGGUAGCAGCAUAAGCACCAGCGACACCGGAGCCUCUAUUACCAUUACAGGUCCUGUAACGCAAAGCCAAUCUCCAUCUCCACCCCUGACAUUCACGUCUCAUUCUAUCACCAGCUACACUACAAGUACAGGUAUUGGUACCACAAUCACUACCUUGACGAGCCGGAGUACAAGUACGGGCACAGGUACAAGCACAAAUCUCCUUCCAAGUCAGACCGGGGGUGCGGGAGAGCUGGCGUUGCCAUUUGAAGGACUGGAUAUGGCGACGGUUCUGUUUGUGAGUGGAUGGAUCUUGGUCCUUGGUUUGUGA